AUGGAGGCCUACGCAGGACCUGGGGCACGCAUGUUGAGCAACCUUCGCUUCAAUGUUUUGAUGCCAUUCACUACGAUGCCUGCCACCGAGAGAAAGUGUUUGUUGUUAAGACUUACUCCCCGAAGUCACAAGGGUUGGAUCAGAAUGCAGGAUGUUCAAGAGAUGACCUUCAUGCUUACACUGGCUCAGCUCAGUUCGUUCGCUGGGAAUAAGACGUUUUCAUUUUACACGUCUGCUUAUUACAAGUUUGAUCAUAAGCAUGACCCGAUCACCGAUUACUUUAAGAACAUGGAACAGAUAGUACAAGACCGUUGCCUCAGUGGAGAUGUACAGCCUUUCUACGGCACAUCUUCCUACACGGGCGAGGUCCUCUUCUUGCUCCAGGUUGGUGGCAACGACUUCAUCUUCUGGAAUGCUCUCGGCGAUUCUAUGUACCGUGUGACUAGGAGCUUGACUCUGGAAACGAUUGUUGCAGGCCUUGAUAAGGAGGGUUUCAAUGCAUUUGACCUUGAAGAGCUCUGA